AUGAGUUCCCCAGACACGGUGAUCUGCCGCCCUGGCGAGGGGCUACUUUCCCCUCAGUCCCGGAAGGACUACCCCAGCCUCCCCUUACCAGCCCAGCGAAGCCCCACCUGGCCGUCCUCCCCAGACGAAGACUCAAGUCUGCUCCCCUUCCCUCUGGAAGAACCCAGUCACCGGGCCUCCGCCUCUGGAGAGCUUCCCUCUCCCACCUUGUCCCUGGAGGAAGGUGAAGAAGGGGAACCCCAGGUGCUGGUGAGUGAAGAGCACCCAGGCCAGUUCUUUGCAGAAGCUCGACGGCUUCGGGACUUGAGCCUGCUGCUCGAUGAAGAGGUAAUAGUGCAGGGUCGAAGGUACGCAGUGCAUGGGGUGGUCCUGGCUUCUGUCAGCAGCUUCUUUCGCUCCCGGCUGCUGGGGAAUGGGUGUCCACGACCCCCCAUACAGCUGGAUGUAACCCCCCGGGGCUGGGAGGCCGUGCUGACCUUCGCCUAUGAGGGGGUGGUAGGUCCCGCCCCUUUGGGUGAUGUAGUGGCAGUGGCGGAGGUCCUGGGGGCCCCUCGGGUAGCGGCAGCUGCUGUAAAGAGACUGGAGGGGGACCAGAACCAAGGAGACAAGGAGCAGGAGGCACCAGAUAAAGCUGAGGAGUUGAGAGAGAAUCUGAGUAGCAUCGAGCAGCUCUAUCGUGAGGGUGUUGGCUGUGACCUGGAGCUGGAAGCAGAGGGCUGCCACCUGAAGGUUCACCGCGUGGCUCUGGUCUGUGGGAGUGAGUUCUUCGGGGCGAUGCUGCUGAGUGGGAUGAAGGAAUCCCAGGGCUCGGUUGUCGUCCUGCGCACAGUCUCUGCCCCAGACCUGCAGCUACUUGUCUCCUUUGCCUACUCAGGGGUGCUGCAAACAAACUGGCCAGGGCUCCUGAGGGCCACCCAGACUGCCCUGCAGUACCAAAGUGGCUCCUGUUUGGCCUUGUGCCAGAGAGCCCUGGCCCGGGGCCUUAACCCUCUUCGAUGCUUAGCCUUGCUUCCUGUGGCUGAAGCCCCAGGACUUGAGAGACUUUGGGACAAAGCCCAUUACUACCUCCUCAACCAUCUGCCUGCUGUGGCCUCCUGCCCUACCUUCCCAGACCUGCCUUCUCCCUUUCUAGCCAACCUACUGGCCAGUGAUGAGCUGCAUAUAGAGGAAGAGUUUGAGGCCUUUGAGGCGGCAUGGCGCUGGUUGGCAGCAGAUCCCGUUGGCAGAGAGCCUGAAGCUGAGACUCUGCUGCACUGCGUCCGUUUUGGUCGUAUGUCCACCCGGGAACUGCGGCUUGUGAGAGCUGCUGGACUACCCCCACCUCUGCCCUCGUCCUUGCUGCACCAGAUUCUGGUGGAGGCAGAGGUGCCAGGCCGAGAAAGGAGGCGGGAGCCUGAUCGGGCACUGGUGGUGAUUGGUGGAGAUGGGCUCACUCCAGACUUAGCUCAGAGUCAGCCAUCCCGAGGGGUGUGGUGGGCACGGGCCUUCUGCAGUGGUGUGGGGCUGGUACAUACAGUGGAGUGGGGCAGGUUACCUGCCUUGCCCCCUCCUGGGCGCUUCCAACAUGGUGCUGCCAGUCUCACUGGGAGUGAACUAUACGUCUGUGGAGGGCAGCAUUACUACAGCUACUCAGACACCUUGGCCUCAGUCCUCAGGUGGGCACCUGGCCAAAGUAACUGGGAAGAGUUGGCUCCAAUGUGUCAAGCUCGAUCCUUCUUCCCGCUGGUGGCUCAUGAUGGACAUCUUUAUGCUCUGGGUGGGAGAAACAAUGGGGCUCCCUUGGAUUCAGUAGAGGUCUACGAUCCCAAGCUUGAUGCUUGGAGGACAGCACCACCCCUCCCCACACCUUGCUUUGCACAUGCAGCCUCUGUGCUGGAUGGUCAGGUCUAUGUGAGUGGAGGCUUCAAUGGGACUGGUCAAUAUCUGGCCUCCCUCUUUAACUACAACCCUACUCGCAAGCCAUCAUGGAUCCUGCUGAGUCCCAUGAAGACCCCUCGGGCAGGUCAUGUCAUGGUGGCACUCGGUGGACGACUCUAUGUAGCAGGAGGUCUGGGUGAGGCUGGCGACCUGCUUAGUUUUGAAGCCUAUGAGCCCAGGACUGACACGUGGAUGAGCCUGGAACCCCUGCCCUCCCCCCAUGUGGGAGCUGCUGGAGUCUCUCUUCAAGGGGAGAUGCUAGUUUUGGGGGGCUAUAGCCACCGAACAUAUGCUCUCUCCCACCUCAUCCAUGCAUACUGCCCUGGCCUAGGCCGCUGGCUUUGUCUGGGAACCUUGCCCCGGCCCCGAGCUGAGAUGUCUGCUUGUGUCCUUCAUCUGUCCCCAGUAUAGCUGCAAACCCCAGGAGCUGACUUAGCUCAGACUUAAAUCCAUAGUGGGGCAGAGAAAGGAGUGGGAUAGGAGGAGAAAAAGACGGAGAAUCAGGAUGUGCAGACUGAAGAUGUGGGGGAGAAGGGAAGAAGCACUUGAGGAAAGAAAACCAAUAGGUUAUAUGAUGAGGGGAUAAACUUUACAGUGGGGUUUCUUAAUUUUUUGUGUGUGUCAU